AUGGGAAACAAUCAGACGUGGAUUGCAGAAUUUAUCCUGUUGGGCUUCCAGGUUGAUCCAGAACGUGAAGUUUUCCUCUUUGGGUUCUUCCUGGUAUUCUACAGUGUCACCCUGCUGGGCAACGGGGUCAUCCUGGGGCUCAUCUGCCUGGACUCCCGCCUGCACACCCCCAUGUACUUCUUCCUCUCAAACCUGGCCAUUGUUGACAUGUCGUAUGCCUCGACUACAGUUCCUAAGAUGCUGGCAAACCUGGUGACGCACAAGAAAACCAUCACCUUUGGUCCAUGCAUCUUUCAGACUUUCCUGUAUUUGGCAUUUGCUGUCACAGAGUGCAUGUGUUUGGUGGUGAUGUCCUAUGAUCGGUACGUGGCCAUCUGCCACCCCCUCCAGUACACUGUCAUCAUGAGCUGGAGAGUGUGUGUGGUCCUGGCCGCCAUGUCCUGGUUGUUUAGCUUCCUCUGGGCUUUGGUCCACAUUACUCUCCUCCUGAGGCUGCCCUUUUGUGGGCCUCAGAAAAUCAACUACUUCUUCUGUCAAAUCACAUCAGUGUUCAGAUUGGCGUGUGCUGACACUAGGCUCAAUGAACUUGUCCUCUUUGUGGGCUCCGUGUUUGUUCUAGUGGGGCCCCUGUGCUUGGUGCUGGUCUCCUACACAUGCAUCCUCUUUGCUGUGCUGAGGAUCCAGUCUGGGGAGGGCCGCAGGAAGGCCUUCUCCACCUGCUCCUCCCACCUCUGUGUGGUUGGAAUUUUCUUUGGCUGUGCCAUUGUCAUGUAUGUGGCCCCCAAGUCCCGCCACUUUCAAGAACAAAGAAAGAUCCUGUCAUUGUUUUACAGCCUUUUCAACCCCAUGCUGAACCCGCUGAUCUACAGCCUGAGGAAUGCAGAGGUCAAGGGUGCCCUGCGGAGGUUUUUGGGGAAAAGGAGGUCCCUGGGAGGGAUGGUUGGGAAUAUUUUGGGUGUGUGAGUUGGUCCUUAUCACACCGGGACCUUAAUGCCCUUUUGAGUCCUUUACUUUAACCAACCCACGACUCUUUGUCUUUGGACUUGUUGUAAAAUGAGAAAAUAAUUAUUCUUACUGUUUAUGCCAUUGAUACCAAACCUGAGAUAGAUUGUGAAACUGAAAAUCGAUCUAAUGCUAUUCAUGAAAUAGAUGCAAAUGUCUUAAAGAAAAUAUUAGUAGAAGUCCAUAAAAUAAAAUAAUUUUACAUUUUUAAGGUUUUUAUUUCCUGAAUGCUACAAUUGUUUAAUGUUAAAUAAUGAACAUAAUUUGCC